AUGGCUUCGGUAGGACUUAUGCAACGUGUGGAUCCGCCUCAUGGCAGGUCUUGCAAGCGGCGCCGUCCCUACCAGGAUGCGGGGGCGGCGAGGCCCGCCCCGGCCACCUCGCGACAACGCACAGCUGUUUCCUGUACGCUGCAGCAGCAGGAUGCAGAUGCAGAGGAGGAGGCAGACGAACCGAGCGGUGACAGCGACAGCGGCAGUGAGUACGAGGAAGACGAUGAUGAUGAAGAUGAGGACGAGGCGCCCGCAGUACAGCAACAGGCACCCGCAGUGCAGCAACAGCGGCGCCAUCAGGAACGACUGGUGUCUCGAUGGUCUGCUGGCGCCGGCAGCAGCAGCUGGGGAGGUGGCAGUGCUGCUGGAUACGAAUGCCUGAUCUGCGGCAAGUCGUUUAGCAAGGCCUGCAAGCUGGCGCGGCACGCCGCGACACACACAGGGGAUAAACCAUUCGUUUGCAGCGAAGCUGGCUGCGGCAAGGCGUUCGCGACCAAGGACAAGCUCGAGCGACACACCCUCUCCCACGCCCGCCGGAAGGCCGGUCUCUCGACGUCCGUGGGCAAUGCUGCCCGCAGCGAAGCCGAAACCCGGCAACGCGCGGCCGCUUUCGUCGCCGAGGCCGCAGCAGCGGGCCUCUCGCUCGAGGAGCCGGGGGCAGGGGGAACAGCGGCGCCUCGGCGCGUGCUUCCCUUGAUGAAGACGACCACGGCUCCGCUUUUGGAGGCGUCGAGGUUGGAGAGGGAUCGGGCGGUGAAUGGCUCCGGCAGCGGAGGCGGCGGGGCUCAAGGGUGGAAGUUCACCUGCGGGAGCUGCGGGAGGAAUUUCUUGGACAACUACCACCUCCAGCGCCACAUCAAGGCCAUUCACGAGGCCCCUCGUCCGUACACCUGCGACCACCCAGUGGUCGUGUCGCCUCGAACAGCCCCGUCUGCCGCUAGCGCAGCCGACGGCGCCGCUGCGGACGUUGCCACCGCAUCUCCUGGCGCUUCGCGGUCGAUGUGUGAGCGGCAGGGAGAGGAACUUGUCACUGAAGCGCGCGGGGAGGCGAAUGAAGGGAAGGAUGUGGCAAGCGUGAAAGGGUCGGUAGGAGGAGUGGAGGCCGGUUGGGGUGCCACAGAACGGGGGCUUCAGCAGGAGCAGCAGCAGCAGCAACAGCAACGAGUGUUGGGGGUGUGCGGCGCGUCGUUUUCGAAGAAGUGGCAGCUGCGGGAACACCUUUUCGCGGAACACGGCCAAUCGAAGUUCAACAGCAGGCAGCACCGGUGCUCCCACGCUGGGUGCGGGCGGUUCUUCGACCGGCCGAGCAAGCUGGCCGCCCACGAGAAGACCCACAAGGCCCGCUUCGUGUGCCAGUUCGACGGCUGUGGGGCGGCCUUCGUCCUUGCGUCCGGCCUAAACCUCCACCUCAAGGAGAAGCAUCCUUUCAGGUGCGGGGUAUGCGACAAGGUUUUCGAUCGGGAGGACAAAAUGCAGAUUCACCAAGCAACGCACGCCAGGGCGGGCGACGGGGACUUCAUCCGGCCCUACCAUUGUAACGUGCGUGGCUGCGGGAAGGCCUUCACGGAGAAGCGGAACCUUAACGCUCACCGUCGCACAGCGCACACUGAGGGUGGGCGCAAGCGCUUCCGGUGCGAGGUUAAGGGCUGCGGCAUGGCCUAUGCCCACCGCCACACUCUCGUCAAGCAUGUCAAGAGGGAGCACCAAUCCUCCUCUGGUGGCAGCAGCAGCAACGCAGCAAAAGAGGCGCCAACGACUACCCCAUUAGCAUGAAAUCGACCGAAAGUGCUCAAGAUUCUCACUUUCGUCCGGCUGCCGCGUUGGUCUAUUGCUUCAGGUUGUGUAUCCUCUCGGCUAUUGUGAUGUGUCUGUGUCAAGUCGUUGCGAGGUCUUCUUGCAGUUUUCGUUGGGAACCUUUGGGCGAUGUCGAUGACAUCGCAGCUCAAAGUCGGUGUAGUCAGAUCACUCACCCCAUGCUGUCGAUGGCCGGGUCCAGGCGGCCUUCGUUUGUGUUUGUUCGAGCUGUUUCUGGAUAUCUGGAUUUCCUCUGUUGUAAGUAAAUUUAUUCAAAGUAAGUUAUUGCUGGUAGCCGGUCUUGAGCUGGCGGCGAUGUAAAAAUUCCGUCGCGGCCCAUCUGGCGUGGUGGAGCAUCCUAGAUUUUGCAAAACUGGGGACCGAUGCGAGAUUAUUCCGCAUCCGCGUUUUGUGUUUGCCAUGGGCGUCCAGCAACUGAUUUGGAUCCGUCCACGUUUUGCAUGCUUGAGAACGAAAACGCCGCAAUUCCGAAUAGUAACCUCUGUGAUCCCGCUUCGGAAUGGUGUCGUUGAAGCGCUCUGUGCGCUCCAUCGGUCACGGAUCUUACAGAGUACAUGAAAGGGGCGUUUCGGAAGCGGGGCCCAAAAAGAAUGUGAUGGUGUUUCUCUAUUGCCUAGGUGACUGGCUGUGUUUGGACGGAACGUGUUGGGCAAUACUGUGCAGUAAAUUGCGUGGAUACGGUUGGGGACGUUUGGGUCAGGCGGGAGAACGCAGUGGUUGGGAAGCACGUGUUAUUGUUAUUCAAUGGGCGCUUCUGGACCCCACCUGCGAAUUUUACAUCCAGUUGCCCGAGGAAUUGGUGCUAAGACGUUCAUAGUGCGAGUAAGAACGUGGUUCUUAAGAAGCCCUCGGGCUCGGGAACACGAGGCGGCCUGUCGCAACGAGAUGGCGUACAGAUGUUUAUUUUGGUUCAAGGACAUGAGAUGUU